AUGGAGUCAGAAAGAGCUAGCACCAGUCACUCGAGAAAAAGAUCCCGAAGAUCAGACUCCAGGCGUACAAAGAGAGAAAGAGAAGAGAAGCGAGAAGAAUCAGACGAGGAUGGAGAAGUGAGGGAGCCACCGAAGCCAAAAAUACUCUCCGCUCGUGAAUUGGAGCGUCAGAGACUUAUUGAGGAAGAACUGAUCAAAGAAAAAGAAGAGGAAGGAGAUGAGCCUGUUUGGUCCAUGAAAAGAGCCCAAGAAGAAAAACCUAGCAGAGUCUGCCCAUACUUAGAUACAAUUGACCGAUCCGUGUUGGACUUUGAUUUCGAAAAGUUAUGCUCGGUAUCAUUAUCACAUCUGAAUGUAUAUGCUUGUUUGAUUUGUGGAAAAUAUUUUCAAGGUCGAGGAACAAACACCCAUGCUUAUACCCAUUCCUUGGACACCGAUCAUAGAGUGUUCAUGAAUUUGCAAACGUUGAAGUUCUUCUGUUUACCAGAUAAUUAUGAGGUUCAAGACCCUUCUCUGGAUGAUAUCAAAUACGUACUCCAACCCACAUAUACAAAAGAUUUGAUUGCAAGUCUCGACAAACAGACACGUAUGGCUAGAGCUUAUGAUGACAGCACAUACUAUCCUGGAGUUGUUGGAUUGAAUAACAUCAAGGCUAACGAUUACUGUAACGUUAUUUUCUCCGCACUAGCUCAAGUCAGCCCGCUUCGCAACUAUUUCUUACAAGAGGAAAAUUAUGCCAAAAUAAAGAGACCUCCUGGAGAUAUUCUUUCUGAGCUACCAAAACGUUUCGGAGAGCUUAUAAGAAAAAUCUGGAACCCGAAAGCUUUUAGAAAGCAUGUAUCCCCUCAUGAAAUGCUUCAGGCCACUGUUCUGUGUUCUGAAAAAAAGUUCCAGUUUACAAAACAAAGUGAUGCUGCUGAUUUUAUGAACUUCUUAUUGAAUACGCUACACACAGCCUUGAAUGGAAAUAACAAAACGAACUCUUCAAUAGUUUACAAAGCUUUCCGUGGUCGAAUGCGUCAGUAUUCCAGAAAAGUGAUGCCAACAGAAGCUACUGAGGAAGAACGUCGUCAGUUACUCAUUCUUCCUGAGUAUCAAGAAACUGUAAAAGAAAUUCCCUUCUUGUAUUUAACAUUGGAUCUUCCACCAGCUCCUUUGUAUCGUGAUCAACAAUUGGAGAACAUUAUCCCUCAAGUGCCGCUUCAUGUUCUUCUCGGCAAGUUCAAUGGUAUUUUGGAAAGGGAGUACAAGACUUACAAGGAGAAUAUAAUGAAAAGGUUCGAGUUGCUGCGACUACCAGAGUAUUUGAUAAUCACUUAUAAGCGAUUCAAUAAGAACCAGUGGUUCGUAGAGAAGAACCCAACAAUUGUUAAUUUCCCAAUCAGUAACGUUGACUUGUAUGAUUGUCUUGCACCUGAGGCACAACAGUCACAUAAAUACACAACAUAUGAUCUGGUAGCUAACAUAGUUCAUGAAGGAACUCCCGAAGAAGGAAGUUACCGUGUACAGCUUGUGCAUCAAGGAUCUCAAAAAUGGUUCGAGUUGGAAGAUUUGCACGUGAAAGAAAUUCUCCCUCAAAUGAUUGUGUUAGCUGAAUCUUACAUACAGGUGUGGAGAUUGGAUAGAACUAAAACUAGAGAACAACGUAUGGCCGAAGGCACUGACGAGAACCCGAUGGACAUGGGUAGUUAG